GAGCCUGCCAACACCAGAUCUAAGAGAGACCCUCCCUCCCUGCCUCCCUCCCUGCACAGUGGAGACUGCCAUCCCAUGAUGCAUGCACGGAGCCAAAGGUGACUGAAGCAUCUGUCAGGAUGACUGAACGUCGAUAGAGCCGUACAGCACCGAGAGGAUAGGGAGGAUACAGACCCCGCCAGGAGUGAUGUCUUCGGACAGAAUCUCAUCUAGAUAUGGUAAGGCGCCAAAGAUACUUUAAUGCACACUUCUUGGAUCAUUUAGCAGCUGGAUAUCCCCCUUAAGAAGUGCUGGACAGCAAAGCAGAGCUAAAAGAAGUAUUUUCUCAUGGCUGAAUGCUGACAGCAGGGGGCGCUGGUUGUCCUUCACCUCUCUGCCCAACCGGAAACAAACCACCGAAGAGAGAAGCACGUGACUGUUUGUGAUUGUCGGUCUCAGUAGCUCACCUAGAUGAUGAGGCUUUCAGAUGGAGGCAGUGUGUGAGCUGGUUCCUGGAGGCGAUGAGGAGGAAGAGGAGACUGGAGCGGAUGAAGCCAUGCUGUGGUCCUUCCAGGAGGCCCUGGAGAGGCAGACCCUGCAGAUAGGAGCAUCGGCCUGCGGGGCCACGGCUGUGGUGGACGUGCUGAAGGCCCUCUGCGUGGAUGUGGCCCCGGAGGAAGCAGACCGCUGCGUCCAAACACGCCAGAGGAGGAACGAGUCCCCGCUGCCUGACUACCUGCUGUCCCGGAGCGAAGCUGGUGCGACUCACGCUCAGCUCAUCCAGGGAGCGCAGCAGGCGAGCAAGGGGAAGGUUGUAGGCCGAUUCUUCCACCUCCACCCUCAGCGGCGGGUCGGACUCGUCCACUGGCUCGCACGCUGGAUCCGCAGUGGUGCUGUUCCCGUGGCGACCAUGAACAUGCAGCUGGCUGUGCCCGACGGAGAGGAGGUGCCCGACGCCUGGCACCAUCAGCUCAUAUUCGGGGUUGCACCUAACGUCGUUUUCAUGACCAAUCCUUUAGAUGUGGAAAGUGAGGCAGAGGUGCACCAGAGACUCUGCAGUGAAUCCGUGUUGCUGAUUCGUCGGGAAGACGUUCUGCUGCGACUUACGCCAGACUGCUGUCUGUCCGGCUUAUCAGACACUCAGUCUGACCCGCGCUGGAGAGCCCUGGAUGUCGAAGGUCAAGUAAAGCAAGUGGUCCAGGAAGAGGAUCAGCCCAGGUUAACACACAUCAGGAUCCCUGCAGCGUACAGGUCAGGCGUCACACUCUUCGCCCUGCGGGAGUCAGAGCUAGGACAAGAACUCCUCAAAGCUCCUGAACUCCCUCUGCUGUGAACAAGUCAUGGACUUUAAGCUUGAAGAAACUAAACACCCUGCUGGAGUGUUACGACUGAGAAAUGACACGUGGUAUUUUAUUGCACUGAUGAUGCAGCUGGUGCAGAUGUCAGUUUGGAGACGUAUGAACCACAUGCACGUUCACACAGACAAAUAAAGGAUAACAGAUGUGUGCAGAUGAUAUAAAGGGACUACAAAGCCAUGCAUCGACAAGAAAUAAAACCACAAAACCUUCUUGCACCUUUGGCAGUCCACAUGUGGAACUUAAUACAGAUAUUUUAACCAACAUUCAUGUCCAUUUUUUAAUCACUGAUGCCUGUUUUUCCCAGUGUCAGACGUUUACUUGAAUAAAAUAUGGUUCUUUCUU